CUUUGAAGUUGUAUUAAAAAGACGAAAAGAAAUUUUUUUGUGUAAGCGUUAAUAAGUGCUAGUAAGUGUCUGUCCGGAGGUUUGUCCUUUAUGACUUUCUCUGGGCAGCGCUGCUGUACGUCUUCGUCCGUUAUUUUUUCCCUCUACCUUUCUUUCCCCUGCCCCUGCCCCUACCCCUACCCCUACCCUAAUCCCUUUGUUCCAGGCGGGUGAAUGUAAAGCAUCAUUGGAUACCUUCAAGUCUUCAUAUUUCCAUAUUUCCAUAUCUCCAUAUCUCCAUAUCUGCAUAUCUUCAUUUCCUCUUCUUUCUCUUCUCCCAAUCUCACACGUUGUUUGACUGACAAUCUUCUCCGCCUUUUUUUUUUGUCCACAAGUUAGUUGAUCUUCAAUUCCUUUCGCUCACUCCACCCGUUCAAUACAAUCCCUGUGAUACGACCUGUUUAACAUCAUGGACAUGUCUGCCAUCCAAAACUUUGAGCCCAGAAAAUUCUUGGCGAUGUCCGGUUCACCAUCGCAGCAGCAGAACCAGCAGGCAUCCCAGACACUACAGACACAGAACCAGGCGCAGACAACAGAUCCAUUGCAGUUGUCCGCCAUCAAGGCCGAACCCAUCGGAACCGCCCCACCACGGGUCCUCGACUACAACCCUCAUUUUGGUCCCGAGGGCCAGACCUUCACAGUCACACUGCAGUCGAACACAGACAAAACCCUCCGCCUUGGAUUCGGUACCCUGGUCGUCGACACAAAGCAGUAUGCAGCCAACGGAUACGUGACUCUCAGCUGCAUUGUGCCCAACUUUUCGAUCACAAAGUGGUUCGUCAGCAAGGUGCCGCUCUAUGUCCUCCAGAUGGAGAACGACAUGGUCAUGGAGAGCUGGCCCUUUGGCGACUACAACUAUUACGACGAUCAUUCCCAGGGCAACAACGGCAACAAGCGUGCGAAUGUCGACAGAUUGUUGUAUGACCAGAGCUCGUCCAGUCCAAUUGUCAACAAGAAGCAGCAUCUGCUCGCUGAUCUUGAUCUCUCUCGUCCACAGCUGUCGUCCACACAGAAUAACGGCCAGCCGCAGCUCUCGCCUCUUCCUCCUACGACCCCGAAUUCGCUCGGCGGACACCACGGUCUUGCGGCACGUCAUGACUAUUCGAGUCUGCCCACUACCACUGCCUCCGCCUACGAUGCUGGGCUCUACUCCCAGACUCUGCAGUCCACCAGCCCAUAUGUCUCUCGUCCGUCCAUAAGCACCUCGACCUAUGCACGCCCUGGAUACUACAACCCCAACUCAAUGAUCACUACUCACAUGCCGACGUACUCGCAGGCUGACCUUAAUGCCUCCGCAGCCUAUGCUCUGACCACAGCCGCGAGCCACAAUACCACCUAUAUCCAGACACACCAUCCUCAGCCAGUCGCUCCGUCUGCAUACAUGCCUCAGCCCCACCCCAGCACAGCCCUCAACGCAGGUCUGCCCCUAAGCAACUACAACCCUUAUGCGAACCUUCUCAACAAGGCCAACCUCAAAUUCACAGGUAACAUGGAUGACAUGGCCAUUAACUGGUCCGCAGAGGAGUGGGAGUCACACCGCCGCCUUGUCCAAUUCUGGAGACGCCAGGAUGGCAACGAUAUUCACUGCACAUUCGCCCCUGUCGCCCCUGCGGACCGCCAGCCGAACAGCAUUGUGGUCUCCUGUAUCUACUGGGCAGAGAAGAACGAUUGCUUCCUGACAUCAGUCGAUUGCAUCUAUCUGCUCGAGUCCUUGAUCGCGGUUCGGUUCACGGUCGAGGAAAAGAACCGAAUCCGUCGCAAUCUCGAGGGAUUCCGACCGAUCACCGUCUCAAAGUGUAAGCCCGAGAGCGCAGAGUUUUUCAAGCUGAUCAUGUCUUUCCCGAACCCCAAGCCUCGCAACAUUGAGAAGGAUGUGAAGGUGUUCCCAUGGAAGGUUCUGCCAUAUGCGCUCAAGAAGAUCAUCAGCAAGUACACGGCCUCGUACAGCUCGACGGCCAGCAUCCAGACGGACGCGUUCCAUAACGCCAACUUUCCGCACGGAUCGACUCUGCCCAUGACACCACAGCAGCAGAGCAUUAUCGAAUCAUCGAGCAUCGUCGUAUAGAGAGGGUGCGAUUGGGAGGGCUCUUAUCCAUAUUCUACAGGAAGAAGGGCAGAGGAGAGGGGGGAGGACACAUUUUGUUUCUGACCAGGGUUUCUGCUUGCGCAUUUGUUUUAUUAUUCGUCAUUUCUUCUCUUGUAGUAUUAUCGUGUUUUAAACUGUUAGUUUUUCUUUUCCGUGUACACUGUUCUUUUAUCUCUCUUCCGUUCCAUUUCCUCAUACUUUCCGCAGCUCGUUUUCUAUUUUUUCUUUGAUCACAUCAAACAAGCACUGUCUUUUACCACU